AGUUCUGUCAGUUCUGUCAGUGGAUGACUGUCACGCUAGCACUAGUGGGCUCAACAGUUGAUCUGUUAUAUACACCCUCUGCGGGCUGGUACUUCCUGCCGUCCCCCACUUUUGUCUGGCUUCACAUCGUCUUUCUUUUCUGUGUCUUACUCUUCUCCUUCCCACUCUUUUUUUCUUCAGGCGCCGGUCGCCCUAAUAUCAGAUCCUCUUCAAUCUCAACCUCCCCUCUCCAGCCCAUGUACUCGGUCAGCGCUCCGGUUCCCCAGAUCAACGUUCUACCUGCUUCUCCUCCAAGCCAUAACUCUGAACCAUACUCCCCUUUCGACGCCCUCUCUGUUUCUCACGGCAAGGAGGAUGAUGGCUACAGGCCACGACACCUAACUCCUCCGGUCGCAUCACCUCUCCAUUCCUCGCCUCUCCGCCCCGCGGAAGCUCGCCCUGCUAAAGGACUGGACCCUGAGCAGUUCAGUGCGCUCCUCAAGCAGUCUCGCGAGCGCAGGACUUCGUUGGCAGGCAAGAAAGGUUCCGAUUUGCGCCGGGAGCUUGCGAUUAAGAAUCAGCGGAACAAGCAGCUGGAACGUCGGGCACUCUUUCUAUCCAAACUCCGUGAACCGCCCUCCCCUACAGCUAUCACCUUACCAAAGACACCGCCGGAGUCGCCUGUGCUCUUCCAAUGUUCGUUGCCCUCUCCGGGCCUCGACUCCCCUCUAGCGGCAUUUGAGACAUUCGAUCAUGGUUCUGAGCACAGCGAUGAUCUUUUGCACGCUCGACGCUCCUGGGUGGAACAAGUGGACUUUCGUCUGCCUCAGGAGGCAGCGGUGCUUGUCUCGAAACCAGUACCUAAAGCCAACAAGCCCCACAUGCCAAGAUCAAAGGGGAAACGCCUCCCGUCCCUAGAAGAGAUCACAGCACACCUUAACGUGACAACCUCCGAGCACACCCCCGCUCUCGUAUCGGACUGCCCGCGAACUAGGCUGCCUGCCUUCUUGACGACGCAGCUUUCGCAUGCAACAGAGACGCAGGAGAAGGCCACCAGGCCGGUGACGUCUGUCGGUCGAUUGACGCUGCCUGUCAGGCGGUCGUCCGACACAGACAUUGCGACGCCCCGCAAGGAUGCCCCGCCGGCAUCGCCCCGUCUAGCACUCUCGCCGAGGCUGCAAGUGACGACCGUGGUGGUCCCGCGCACGAACACCUUCUCGCCCUGCCCUCUUACGGAAUCUAAUCUCUACGCAUUCGGCCGCGAAAGCAUGGCACGGGAGAUGAUCUCCACGUUGAAACGACGUAGUCCGUCUCCUCUGGGGAAUAAACAAGACACUGCCUCCGUGCCUAUUCCUCGCGUGACAGUUACACCGCCCACGGCGCCGCCCCUUGAAUCUGAACAUCACGCUACAGCGGCUGCGGUUGCAGGCGAGAAGGGCGUCGACAUGAUUAAGCUCUUAAGGCGUCGCACUACGUCGCACUCGAAGAGUUUACCUUCUCUCCAAAUAAACACGUCCGUGGACGAACGCAAGGCACGCAGGCGUAGCUCCCCUGCCGAGCUCCACGCAAAGGGACGCGUUGGCUUUGAACAUCCUGUGCUGUCAAUCCCAGGAGGCUUUUGAGUAUUGACUGGUCUGACUUGGAGCUGGUCUCUUUUUCUUUCCCCCUUUUUAGGCUAGGUUUCCGACACUGCAUGAUGGUCCCAUCAUGCAGUUUUUGUUUUUAUGUAUAUAGGGUUAUUACACGACUGCUGCUUAGGACAGCCUUUGCGGAUACAGCUACGUUCCGUCCGUUAUCGUAUGGACACAGCAUGCGACCCCUUCUUUUUACUUUACGCCUUAGCCUAUGGCUUUUCGGUCUUUACUAUGAUGGUUGCCGACAAAUAUAUCCAGUGGAGGUUU